AUGAGCAUCGACAUAGAAGAAACAACGGUCCUCAUUGUAGGCGCAGGACCAAGCGGUCUAGCCCUCGGGGCCUUGCUUGGCCGCAUGAACAUCAAGGUGGUUAUCCUGGAGAAAGAGGUCGAGGUCUGCGAAGAUCCUCGUGGUAUCGUGGUCAAUGGCGAUGCAGUUCGCAUUUCGUAUCAAAUUGGUAUUGGAGAGGGAUUGACGAAGAGAAUUGGAAAAGAUAUUGGUGUGCUUAAUUUUCACCGAGGAAACUUUAGGCAGCCAACGUUUAUGACAUUCGACAUUACUGUCGACUGGGCCGAACAAGCAGUUUCAAAUAACCUCACUCAGUUUCAGCCGAACUAUGAGCGAGAGAUCCGAAACCUUAUCACACAAUUCCCUACCUGCGAGAUCCGAACGGGAUGCGAGGCCAUAGCCCGAGAGGAGAAUGGUGACCACACAAUUCUUGAGUACGUUACGCAAGACGGGACGAAGCGAUAUAUCCGUACAUCAUGGCUUGUCGGUGCGGACGGGAAGCGUGGUGUUGUACGGAAGAAGUUCCUGGAACCAGAAGGUAUCAGGCAAGAGGAUGGCUUCUAUACUUAUGUUGGAACGUGGGUUGCUGCCAAUCUGCACAUCACGACACCGACGCCGAAAUCGCAUCCGCAGUUUCCGCUUUGGCAGCUGGGGUACACCCCACAGCAGGUACAUGAUGCCUUUUGGCCAAGCGGAUUCCAUUCGAAAAGACCUGCCGUCAGCGGGAGAUUUGGGCCACCAAACUCAGGAUUCUGGAGGCACGAAUUUUCGGUCGAGCCAGAAGACACCCUUAAAGAUGUUGAAGGGGAUUUCUGGAAGCAAUUCGGAUCUUGGAUGAUCAUUCCCGGGUCAAAGUUUUCGUGGAAGCUGCGGAAAACUCUCGUCGAGUUCCCAAGAGACUGCAUCAAGAUCGUACGGUGCAGACCAUUCACGUUUGCAACAAAAGUAGUUAAUCGAUGGUACUGCCGCAAGACGAUGCUAGUCGGCGAUGCCGCCCACGUCUUCCCACCUUUUGGCGGCCAGGGCAUCGCGGCAGGCAUUCGUGACGCACAAGCACUCAGCUGGAGACUGGCCCUGAUGACUAACCUAGGGGUCUCAGUUCAGAUCCGAGAAAGAAUCCUGACGGGAUGGAGCCAGGAGCGCCGUCACGCGUGGAACGCAGCGACGCUAGCAACCAAACUGAACGGCAGCAUUGUGAACCAGCGGUCUCUGCUCGGCGGACUGGUUUAUCGAAUGUGGAUGCGUUUCCUGUGGUGGUUCCCCGGCAUCGCGCGGCUCAGAACGCGCCGUGCAUUCCGAGACAAGCUCGUUUACAGCUCCAAAACGUGCCCUGACGGUUUCUUCCUGGAGAAGGCAGGCGGUGGACGGAAAGUCGCACAGAUCUGGGUGCGCAGACAGGGCGAAAAGCCAGCGCUGUCUGACGGUGUGUUCCUCCGUAGCCUACCGCACUUUGGCCUCCUGGUCAUCGUCAGAAGUUCGACAGAUGCGAACCCUAAGGAGAUCGAAGAGGCCAUCAGAGCAGCGGAUCUACCAGAGGAGAUCCUCACUUCCAAGGACGUGACGUUCUUCUGUCUGAAUGUCCAGGCUGGGAACUCAUUGAGCAAACUCGGGGCAGAACAACAGACGUACUAUCCGUGCCGGACACAGGAGUUGUUGGAGGAAGGCAUCACUCCCAUCAAGGGAUACCGUGAGACAGCAGUGCAGGAUCGCUAUGCUAAGUCGGCCAAGUAUGUUCUCAUACGGCCUGAUUUUUUCGUUCACUCUGUGGCAGCAAAUGCCGGGGAGCUGGCAGCAAAUCUUCAGGAGGUCAAGGGGUAUUUUUCUUAGGGUUGUUAUGACCUAGCUUGUUUGUUGACGUGCCUGUUAUUCGUUAUAGCCAUGUAUGGAGUAGCUCUGAUAUUUAAAAUAAGCCAAGUGGUCCGAAGAGCCA